AUGGGCUCGCCCCGCCGCAGCUUUUCCUCCCCUCGAAAAUGCCAACUCACAGCGGCGGCGGCGCCGGGCAUGCCGGGAGGGUGCCGGAGCCGGUGCUCCCCAAACUACAUUUCCCGGCAGCCCCUGGCGCGGCCGCGGGGUCUCCCUGGGCCAGCCAGCCGGGCCCCCUCUCCCCUCCCCUCCCCGGCUCAGCCCCUGUCAAUCACGGCCGGCUUGGCUCGCACGUUGCAGCGAGACGGGGCGGGGCGAGGGAGGACGCCGCCGGCGCUGAUUGGCUGGGCCCGCUUGCCAAUCGGGGGGCGGCGACGGCUGGGCGGCAGGCGAGGCCGCCAGCUGAUCAGAGGCAGCGGGAGCCGGUGAGUGCGGCGGGGCGGGCGGGCAGGCAGGCGGCCGGCGGGGGGAGAGGGAGAGGGGAAGGGGCGCCGAGUCGCAAGCCCGGCCCCGCCCCUUGAGCCGGGGUCCCUUCGGCCAGCUGCGGGGUUCCUACCCCGGAAUGACAGAGGUGGCGGGGGGUUCCUCCCUCGACGGAGGUGGCCGCCCAGGGGUCCCGCUGACUCCCCCUCGCCCCCCUGCUGCUCCCCCGCUCCCGGGCCAAGCGGGGUCCCUGCGCUACUUCGGGGUGGGGGCGAAAGGGUUACUCGGCGGGGCUGCGGCCGGCGCCGCUUAUGCAACCAGAGGCCGGUUAUAGGGUUUCCAGUGGGUGGCACCCGCCCCACCGCCGCCCCCGCCGGAGGUCACCUUCCCUUGUGCCCGGCCGGGGAGGGACGGCUCGCUGCCCCGCGCCCGACCUGUGCGGAGACCCGGCUGGGGGUGUCUCGGGUGGCUGUCCCCCGACCCCGAGGGGGAGUCCCGAGACCAGCCGCCUUGUUCCCCUCUUCCCACUCCGCGAAAGUUUGGCUGGCCCUGCCGGGGAGGCGUCCGGGCAGCACCCCAUGGACGGCACGGGGCCCCUUCCUCCGCCGCGCCGUCGGAGCGCGCCCGGGCCGCAGCCUUGGCCCGGGCCGGCUGCUGAUUCAUGCCUCGGAGCCCCCGGCAGGAGGGGGUGGAGUCCGGCCGGGCCGCCCUCGGGCCGAAGUUCAGCGCGGCAGACGGGCUGGAAUGCGGAGCAUCCGGAGCAAACGCGCGUGGAAUGCGCGUCGCGCCCCUCGGCGGGGUAAGUGGCGGCCCCGGAGCCGGGCUUGCUGCUGCCCGGCGUUGGCGAGGGUCCCCGCGGUGGAGGUGCUGCCUUUGGCCGGGCCGGGGGGCGUGCCGCGCCGGGGCCCCGAGGGGGGCGGGAGGGCGACUGUGGCCGAGCGGCGCUCCAGCGGGGAUGAGUCAGAGCUGCUCUGGCGGAAGCUGCUGGUUCCUUCGGCAUCCAGCCGGAGGCCAGAGGGCGCCGCCGCCGCCGCCUGGGGAUAAGGCAGGCGGGGAGGCUGCGCAGGGCUUUCGUUCGCCGGGCCAGGGCGGCGGCGGCGGCUGCGCGCCCGUGUCUGCCCGCCUGGGGUCCGUGCGCGCCGUCUAACGUGUCCCCGCUCGCUCCGCAGGCUCUGCGCCUGGUGGGCCCGCCUGGCUACCGCGCAGCAGUUCUUCAGUGGCAUGCUUUACGUCUCCCCUCUCGCAACUAAAGCUGCCAGUUGA